AUGGCAAUGGCGAAACCCUCGAAUUUGUCAAAGUUCUCGUCAGAGGAUCCGCCAAAUAACAUAUCGGUCUCCGACACUGAAGGCGAAGAGCGAGGCAGAGAAGAUGGUGUUGGAGGAGGACGAGGAGCCCGUGUGUUAAGUCUAAUGAAAUUCCAUAAUAAGCCUUAUUACUCUUUGAUCCGCCUAUCACUUUUAAGCCCAAGCUGGGCCCACCAAUCCCAACUGGAUAAAACUGGUCAGAUCACGGCGGCCGCCGCCCUUACCUCCUCCCCUCUCCUCCCAUCUCCGAUCAAACACAAUCCCUCUCUUCUCCUAACCCCUAAAACCCCUAGCUUUCGUCUUCGCUUUCGCUCUACAACAAUUCGCUCCGCGGCCGCACAAAUCGCGAAUGAUUCCGCCGGAGACGGCGGAUUCGUGCUGGAGGACGUCCCUCAUCUCACUGAUCACCUGCCCGAUCUACCGGCGUACGGAAGUCCUAUUCGAAGUAGUCCGGCGUAUGCGAUUGUGAAGCAAAACUUUGUUACCUCGGAAGAUGUGGUUGCUCAAAGGGUUGUUGUGCAGAAGAAUAGUCCUAAAGGGGUGCACUUUCGGCGUGCUGGACCAAGGGAACAAGUUUACUUUCGUCCAGAAGAGGUUUGCGCUUGCAUUGUUACAUGUGGUGGUCUAUGCCCAGGGAUCAAUACAGUGAUCCGUGAGAUAGUUUGUGGUCUAAACUAUAUGUAUGGAGUCAACAACAUUAUUGGAAUUGAGGGAGGAUAUAGGGGCUUCUACUCAAAAAAUACCAUUACACUGACACCAAAGGUUGUCAGUGAUAUUCACAAACGUGGUGGCACCGUCCUUCGUACAUCUCGAGGUGGUCAUGAUACCAACAAAAUAGUUGAUAGUAUCCAGUAUCGUGGAAUUAAUCAAGUCUACAUUAUUGGAGGUGAUGGCACUCAAAAAGGAGCAGCAGCCAUAUAUCAGGAAGUUGAGAAACGUGGUCUUCAAGUGGCAGUUGCUGGAAUUCCUAAGACUAUUGAUAAUGAUAUUGCUGUAAUAGACAAAUCUUUUGGUUUCGAUACUGCUGUUGAAGAAGCACAGAGGGCCAUAAAUGCUGCGCAUGUCGAAGUUGAAAGUGUAGAAAAUGGUGUUGGUAUUGUAAAGCUCAUGGGCCGCUACAGCGGGUUUAUUGCCAUGUAUGCUACUUUGGCGAGUAGAGAUGUGGAUUGUUGUUUGAUUCCGGAAUCCCCAUUUUAUCUGGAAGGCCCCGGUGGUCUUUAUGAGUUUGUUGAACAACGACUUAAAGAAAACGGUCACAUAGUUAUUGUGGUGGCAGAAGGAGCAGGACAGGACCAUGUAGCUCAACAUGUGGGCAUUAUCAAUGAAAAGGACGAAUCUGGAAAUCGCCUUCUUCUGGAUAUUGGUCUAUGGCUAUCUCAAAAGAUAAAGGAUCAUUUCACAAGGGACAGGAAAUUACCAGUAUAUCUCAAGUAUAUAGAUCCUACCUACAUGAUCCGAGCCAUUCCAAGCAAUGCAUCCGAUAAUGUCUACUGUACACUUCUCGCACAAAGUGCUGUCCAUGGAGCCAUGGCAGGGUACACAGGUUUCACAGUUGGACCCGUAAAUGGCAAACAUGCAUACAUCCCAAUUUCCAGGGUUACGGAGACUACAAAUGUCGUCAAGGUAACCGACAGAAUGUGGGCUAGGCUUCUCGCCUCCACAAACCAACCAAGUUUCUUUAGCAAUGAUGAGGAGGUGAGGGAGAUGGUUGACAAGGAAACCCUUCAAUUGAUUGAUAACAUGAGGAUCAACUCAUUGUGAAAAAAUGUGGCUUCAGCCGGUUUUAAAGGAUCUCGUAGUUUGCUUCAGUUUUAAAAUUAUACUCGAAGAACUUGAAGAUAUUCCAAUAAAGGGCUUCCACUUCUCUCUUAUUGUGCUAUGUAACACUCUGAUGCAAUCAAAGAGUUCUUAGUUUAUCUUUGAGAAAUCUGAUAAUUUUAUAUGAUUAUUUUAGUAACGAGGGUGUAAUAGCUUGGAGUUUACACAGAUAUUGUUCAAACAUUUUCUUACAUAUUUUCAUCAAUAACCAUUUAAAACUGCCAUUUGCAUA